CCCUUACUCUGUACGUACGUACUUUUACUACUACAAAAUACUACUAGAUACUGAGAGUACCUGGUACAGCACCGUAUCGUGCGAUGACGGACCGAUUGGAAACAAAAUAAACGUCACUAACAAUUGUGCCGAUCUUUUUCGUUUGAUCGAUUUUGAAAGAUGUCUCCUUUUUAAAAACCAACACAGAAUACCGGUCUGCACAUCGUGUCAUUUUUGAUUGCAGGGCAGCUACCGGUGUCACCACCUUCUGUUCUUUCUUCCUUUUUGGCAAGCAUACCGGUACAAUACGCGCAUUCACCGAACACACCCAUCCAAACCAAGUUCGAUACAAUGUGGACGUCCAAGCUAGCGACGUGUCUGUUGGUGCCCGCAUGGCUGGUGGCAGCAAACGCCUUUGUUCCGGCCUCCGCCUUUCACCACCCCUCGGGCAGCGGCGCCAUCGCGUCGCCGACCACCCCGCGCCACCACUACCGGGCGGUUGCCACCACCCCGUCGUCGACCUCCCUGAAAACGGUCGAGAACCACGACAGCGGCGAAAGCGACAACACCAAAGCAGAGGCCAAGCCGGCCGGGGACAUCCCAAGAGGCGGGGGAUCGAACGUCGUGGACGACAAGCCACCGGCGCUGCCCUCGCUGGCCGAUUUCCGAAAGUUCGCCGUCCCCUGCCUGGGGCUCUGGGUCGCCCAGCCCCUCCUGUCGCUGGUCGACACCGCCUUUGUGGGCCUGUCCGCAAAGGUCCCGGCGGAGUCGGCCGCCCAGCUGGCGUCCCUCGGGCCGGCCACCACCUUUAUUGACGGGGCGACCUACCUCUUUGCCUUUCUGAACGUGGCCACGACCAACCUCUACUCGACGGCCCUGGCCCAGAAGGGGGGGCAGUCCGACGAGGCCGAGGCGGUGGUCUGCACCGCCAGCCGGGUCGCCCUGAGGUGCGGAAUCGGGAUCAUGUUCUUUUUGUUUGCCUUUGCCCGGCCCCUGCUGGCCCUCUACAUCGGUAAGUUGCGCCGGCGAUGCGGUCGUGCAAGCUCUUUGGUUGUUGCUCGAGUGGAUUUGGUUGGAUGGGUGGCAGAAAUUCCCUGCAAUUUGCGCAUGGCUCGUUUGCUUGCCGAUAGAAACUAUGUUCUCGAUUGUGGUUUGUUGGUUACGAAUCUUUUCUUUGUGACACGCUGAUGCUCACAAACCCACGAACCGACCAAACCCGGCUCGAAUCGACUCCGUUCCAAUCUCACCUUCGAACCCAACACAACCUCCAACCGCGACCCGUUUCCCCGUUUCCCGGCAGGCCACGGAGCCGAUCCGGCCCUGAUCGACUCGGCCGUCGACUACGUCAAGAUCCGGGCCGUUUCCAUGCCAACCUCCCUCCUCCUCGGAGUCGUCCAGGCGGCGCUCCUGGGCGCCAAGGACUCGGUGACGCCGCUGAUCGCCAUCUUGUACUCGACCGUGGUCAACGUCGUGGGAGACUUUCUCCUGGUCCGCGUCGCAAGCAUGGGCCUCAAGGGGGCCGCCAUCGCCACCCUCCUAGCGCAGCUGGCCGCCACCGCCGCUCUGCUGGGACCCGCCCGCAGGCGUCUGGUCAGGGACCGCUCCCUGGGGCUCUGGAAGAAAAAGAAGCCGGCGGAGGGAAGCCAGGGCGAAGAAGCGGUGACCUCCAAGGCCUUUCUGGGAUUUGCCGCCCCCGUCCUGACCCUGAUCCUGGGAAAGCUGGCAGCCUUUGGCUUCAUGACGCACUCGGCGGCGGCGGUGCCCGGGCAGCCCACCCCACUGGCCUCGCACCAGAUCAUCCUGUCGCUCUUCUUCUUUGUCAGCCCGUUCAUGGAGGUCAUCAGCCAGACGGCCCAGACCUUCGUGCCGUCCUACCUGGCGCCCGUGAACGAGUACGUCGAGGCCAAGGAGGAGCGCACCCUCGCCGAUCCACUCGUCAAGCCCUGGCUGGACAGGGCCUUCGAUCUCGGGUCCUACCUCUUGAAGCUCGGGUUCAUUUCGGCCACCAUUGUGGCCUCCCUGGCGUCGCUGAUCCCCGCCUUUUUCGGCGGCAUGCUGACGUCCGACCCGCUGGUGAAGAACGGCGUGAAGCCCCUGGCCAAGUACCUGUGGGCCGGUGCCUUUUUGACGGCCCCCGUGGCGGUCUCGGAGGGCAUCCUGCUGGCCCGGAGGGAGCUCGGGUACCUGGCGGGGGUCUACGUCCUGACCACCGCCCUGCUCCCCUCGGCCCUGCUGCGGGUCAAGAGCAUCGGGGGCAGCGUCGACCAGGUGUGGGCCUGCUUCGCCGUCUUCCAGCUCUGCCGGGCGGGCUUUUUCGCCGGCCGUAUCUGGUCGGGAUCGGUCCUCCGGAAGAUCGCGGGCCUCUUCGGCGGGAAGGAGGCACCGGCGGCGGCCGCCGAGGGAUCUGCGCCCGCGGCGAGCUAGCGGAGCAGACGAUAAUCAGAAUCAAAACGCAAACGACCC